GCCACGUCGGCGCCACGUCGCCGCGCAAGCGCGGUGGCCGCUUCCGUCGCGGGGGCGGCGGCGGGUCAGGGGCCGGGAGCGGCGGCGGCGGCGGGGCCGCGGGUGCGGGGCGAGCGGCGCCGGGCCGGGCCGUACCGGCCGCGCAGCGCCGCCAUGAACUUCCUGCGGGGGGUCAUGGGCGGCCCCAGCGCCGGGCCGCAGCCCUCGGGCGCCGAGACGAUCCAGAAGCUGUGUGAUCGAGUAGCUUCUUCUACGUUAUUGGAUGACCGGAGGGAUGCCGUACGUGCUCUUAAAUCGUUAUCCAAGAAAUAUCGAUUGGAAGUAGGCAUACAGGCCAUGGAACAUCUUAUCCACGUUCUGCAGACAGACCGUUCAGAUUCUGAAAUAAUUGGCUAUGCUUUGGACACUCUCUACAAUGUAAUAUCGAAUGACCUUGAAGAGGAGGAACAAGAAGAAAAUCUAGCAAAACAAGUUGACGACUUGGGAAGUCAGUUCACAGAGAUUUUCAUUAAACAGCAAGAGAACGUCACCCUCUUGCUAACCCUCGUGGAGGAAUUUGAUUUCCAUGUUCGCUGGCCUGGAGUGAAACUACUUACAUCUCUUUUAAAGCAGCAAGGACCUCAGGUGCAACAGAUCAUUCUUGUCAGCCCUAUGGGUGUUUCGAGACUCAUGGAUUUACUAGCAGACUCUAGGGAAGUUAUACGAAAUGAUGGAGUCUUGUUGUUACAGCAGUUGACAAAAAGUAAUGCAGCCAUUCAGAAGAUUGUUGCCUUUGAAAAUGCCUUCGAGAGACUCCUGGAUAUUAUAACAGAAGAAGGAAACAGUGAUGGAGGAAUCGUAGUGGAAGACUGUCUUCUCCUACUACAAAAUUUAUUGAAGAAUAAUAAUUCCAAUCAGAAUUUCUUUAAAGAAGGUUCAUACAUUCAGCGUAUGAAGCCUUGGUUUGAAGUUGGUGAUGACAAUUGUGGUUGGUCUGCACAGAAAGUAACCAAUCUUCACCUAAUGCUGCAGCUUGUGCGGGUUCUCGUCUCUCCCACGAAUCCUCCUGGUGCGACGAGCAGCUGUCAGAAGGCGAUGUUUCACUGUGGUUUGUUACAGCAGCUCUGCACAAUCCUUAUGGCAACUGGAGUUCCAGCUGACAUCCUGACAGAAACCAUUAAUACUGUAUCAGAGGUCAUUCGAGGAUGCCAGAUAAAUCAAGACUACUUUGCCUCUGUAAAUGCACCUUCUAAUCCACCAAGACCUGCAAUUGUAGUACUUCUGAUGUCCAUGGUAAAUGAAAGGCAGCCUUUUGUGCUGCGUUGUGCUGUUCUCUAUUGUUUCCAGUGCUUUUUAUACAAAAACCAAAAAGGACAAGGAGAAAUUGUUUCAACGCUUUUGCCAUCCACUAUUGACGCUACAGGUAAUUCUGUCUCAGCUGGUCAGCUGCUCUGUGGGGGCCUCUUCUCAACGGACUCUCUCUCAAACUGGUGUGCCGCUGUGGCCCUGGCCCACGCGUUACAAGAAAAUGCGACUCUGAAAGAACAGCUCCUAAGAGUUCAGCUAGCGACGAGCAUCGGCAACCCGCCGGUGUCUCUGCUGCAGCAGUGCACCAACAUUCUCUCGCAGGGUGAUAAGAUCGACAGACGGGGCAGCAAAGUACAGACGAGGGUUGGAUUGCUGAUGUUGCUUUGUACCUGGCUAAGCAACUGCUCAAUUGCUGUCACGCACUUCCUUCACAACCCAGCCAAUAUUCCUUUCCUCACAGGGCAGAUAGCUGAAAACCUUGGAGAAGAGGAACAACUGGUCCAAGGCCUGUGCGCGCUUUUGCUGGGCAUUUCCAUCUACUACAAUGACAAUUCCCUUGAAAAUUAUAGGAAAGAGAAACUGAAACAGCUGAUUGAGAAGAGGAUUGGCAGGGAAAAUUUCAUUGAGAAGCUUGGCUUCAUUAGCAAACAUGAACUCUAUUCCAGAGCUGCUCAGAAACCACAGCCUAGCUUUUCUAGCCCAGACCACAUGAUGUUUGAUCAUGAAUUUACUAAGCUUGUAAAGGAAUUGGAAGGUGUCAUAAGUAAAGCUAUUUACAAGUCCAGUGAAGAAGAUAAAAAGGAGGAGGAGGUCAAGAAGACAUUGGAACAGCAUGACAAUAUCGUGACUCACUACAAAAAAGUCAUUAGAGAGCAGGACCAGGAGCUUGAAGAAUUAAAACAACAAGUUAACACUUUAAAAUCUCAAAAUGAACAGCUGCAAGCUACAGUUACACAACAAGUGUCACAGAUCCAACAGCAUAAGGACCAGUAUAAUCUCCUUAAAGUACAGUUAGGAAAGGACACUCAGCAUCAUAAUUCACAUGGUGAAACAUUUCAGAUGAAUGGCAUUCAGGUGGAAGAAGUAAGCAAACUGAAAGAGGAAUUGGAAGAAUGGAGAAACAAGCAUGAACUGCUGCAAGGACAGCUGAGGGAGAAAGAUUCUGUGAUUGAAAAGUUGAAGUCUUCACAGCUGGAGAUGGGAACAACAGAGCAGUCUUCACAGACCAGCAAAUCUGGUGGCUUGGAGCUCAAUAAUGAGCUACAGAAGGAAUUAGAAACACUGAGGAGUCAGAUACAACUGCAGUCUACAGAGAUCUCUAAGCUUCAGACUGAGAAUCAGAAGCUACAACUAAUGAAUUCUGCUGCAGAUCCUGUAUUAGGAGACAGUGGAACAACAGCAACAAAGAACCCUGAAGCGGAGGGACGACUUUUGCAAGAAGUGAAAGAACUGAAGAGUGAAGUCAAAGCUCUCUCUGAGGAAAAAGCAUCACUAAAACAGCACUUGGAUUCAUCCAACAGUACUGUCGCCAUCUUGCAAGAUCAGAAAAGCAAACUUCAGCAAGAAGUUGCAGAAUCAAAAAAAGAACAGGAUGAUCUUCUGGUGCUUUUGGCUGACCAGGAUCAGAAACUGUCUGCACUAAAGAACAAAUUGAAGGAGCUUGGUGAACCGGUUGAAGAUGAAGAUGAUAUUGAAUCCGGUGAUCAAGGGGAUGAUGAUGAGGAUGGGGAAGAAGAGGAGCAAGACUAAUGUGUUUUUGUGUGUUACCAUGAAAACUAGAUUGCCUUGUGUUACGGAAAAAACUAAAACAAAAACUGUUAUUGGUAUACAAAGCAAAUGAUCUGCUUAAGAAGCAGAGGGGAAACUGGUAACUGUGGGACUAGUUAUAAGUUGCUCAAGUGUUUGAAAACCCUUCAUACUAGGAAAAGCAAACAAAAAUCACUGUUUAAGUUCUACAUGAGCAUCCUAAAUUGUACUUGUUUAGAACUUGCUUUAGACACUGUUUAAAGCAUGGGUAUGACAAUGCUUCUGCCUCAGUUCAUUGUCAUUGACAGGAGUUCUGUGCGUUUGUCUACCGUUUUAACUUUUCGGAGCUCUUAACAUGAUUAAAUACAAAAGUAUUUGGUUUAACAUCUGUCAAAUGGAAUCAUUGCCUCUGCCUUCAGAAUGGAGCUUCGCUGUAGUUCGUGGCUUCCUUUAAAGAGCAGGGGCGAGGUUGAAGGGUUGGGGUGGCUGCGGAGUGCCCUGGCCACCCUGCCGGCCUCGCGGACCCCUUCUCUAGAAGCGAAUGAACCUGCACGGCGUAGAGUGCCUUGACACCUGACACGGCUGCAUUUGGGACCUCCCAGAGGGAACCCAAGGGAGACUGCAACACUAUGCUAAUAACGUGGAAGAGGUUUCACCGAAAUCUGCACAAGAGAGGUAGCAUUUUUAAGAAGAAUAUCUUUGGAAAACAAAGAUAAAAAUACUCAUUCUAAGGAUAUAAUGUGCUACCAAGUCAGCGUAAAAAAAUAUAUAUAUAAUUCUGACUACUUCAGUAAGGAGAUGAAAACUACUAUGAUUUAUAUAACUUAUUGGCUCUUGAUGAGUAAAUAAAAGAUGAAAUUUUAAGAGAA